AUGAAGCUGUAUCCGACUAUCUCUGAUGAUCUCGCCCAGUGGGUGCAGCGCCAACCCGUCUUCUUCACCGGGUCGGCGCCAACCCUCGGGUCCCACAUCAAUGUGUCCCCCAAGGGACUGGCGGACUCGCACUUUGCUAUCCUGGGGCCGAACCAGUGUGCUUACAUCGACCGCACCGGCUCUGGGUGCGAGACUAUUGCGCACUCAUACGACAAUGGGCGCCUCUGUCUGAUGUUCAUGAGCUUUGGACCUGCACCUCGGAUUGUGAGGUUCUUCUGUCAAUCUAAAAUCAUUGAGUGGGACGAGCCCGCUUUUCCAGAUCUGGUCCGCCAGAUUGCGAAGGGCAAGCGAGCCGCAUUUGAUGGUGCUAGAGCUGUGGUAGUGGCCAAUGUCUUCGAAGUGCAGACGAGCUGUGGCUUCGGUGUGCCUCGAGUCAAGAAGGGAAUUUACUCUUCCGACGAGUCUUCGGAGAAACCGGUGGAGGAAAUACUUCAGGAAGGUGUGGACGGAAAGGUUGACGAACUGGCGGUGUUUGAGGAGCGACCGACCCUGGACGCAUGGGUCAAGAAGAGAGUUGAGGACAACACGGUACAACAGUACCACAACGAGACGAAUGUCACAAGCAUGGAUGGCCUCCCGGGGCUCAAGGCGGCACGACGCGGAGUCGGUGAGAAGUUGUGGGUGGGAGAUGCAAGAGCGUGGAUGAUGAGGGUCCUCGCACAGCGCGAGGCGAUUGUGGUGGGAUUCAGCCUUGGGGUGAUGGUGUACGUUGUUAUGAUGGGAUUGAGUGUACUCGCAUAG